GUGAGGCAGCUCUCUCUCCAUUAGGGAUACAGAAGAGCAUGGCAAGUUUCAGACCCUGACCUUGUCAUCAUCUCCAACCACCCUGUUUUCCUCUGCCAUCCUUCUGCUCUGCUUUCAUCUGACCCUCCACCGUUUUCUCUCUCUUCCUCUUUCUCCUUCUCCUCCCCUAUUUAUGUGGUCUCAUGCUGCCGAAGUAGCACAUUCAAGCAAACCCAUCGUGUGCUGCCUUUGGAGUUCCGCCACCCUUUUGCCUCUUCCUCUCAUUUGUCGAUUGGUGUGGAACAGAUGGCCCAUCACAGAGAGUUCAUCCACCCUACUUCUCAGUCGGAGCAAUUCCCGGCAACAUCAGCUGCUGAUCCUCCCACCUAUGACUUCCUUCAACUGCCUCAAAAUCCACUGGCCCAAUUCCAUGACAUGCAUGAGGUGGUUGGACAUACACAGCCAUUGCAUCCUUCUAAUUUCAUGGAGCUCCAAAAGUGGCAUUUACAGCAAUUUUGGCAGCAACAAAUGCUUGAAUUGGGAAACCUUGCAGAUUACAAGCAGCAUCAACUGCCACUUGCAAGGAUCAAACGUAUAAUGAAAUUGGAUGGGGCGGCAAAGAUGGUUAGCUCGGACACGCCGAUCAUAUUUGCAAAAGCAUGCGAGCUCUUCAUCUUGGAGCUCACGGUACGCUCAUGGCUCCAUGCCGAGCAGUGCAAGAGGCUCACCAUCCGAAGAACCGAUGUAGCAGGGGCCAUCUGCCAUGCAGACAUGCUUAAUUUCUUGGUCGACAUGCUUCGCCCAGAUGAGUUCCAGGUCUUCAUCAGGCAACCACAAAUGCUGCAGCAGCAUAUGAUGCACCGGCAACAAUCUUACCCUAACCACAUCUUAAGUGAGCCACCUCCACCAUUGUGAGGAAUUUGGACCGGCACCUAAACUGCUGGGAGCAGAAUUGCGAGGCCUCAAGAGACCACUCAAGGACUGUUCUCAUGGAGGGUAAAACGCCAUGUAACGUGCAUUCAUGCCUUGUAAAGAGCUGAUGCAUUGAUAUUUAUGUAAGAGACUCUUUUCUCUGCGGUCACCAUUCUGGUUUCGCAUGAACUUUAUAUACUGAAGUCGAUCAACCUCCUGAAUCCCUUCAUAUG